AUGCAAUGCAACAUCAAUGGAACUGUGCUGAUCAAUAUUCUCCCUCCGCUGCUUGUGACAGAGUUUAUACUGGGGCUCCUUGGAAAUGGUCUGGCUCUGUGGAUCUUCUGUUUCCACUUGAGACCUUGGAAAAGCAGCACAGUUUUACUUUUCAACCUUGCGAUGGCAGAUUUUCUGCUCAACCUGGCCUUGCCUUUCCGUACCAACUACUACAUCUCUGAGAUCAGUUGGAUGUUUGGAGGCGCCUUCUGCAACAUCUGCCUCUUCAUGCUGGCAAUGAACCGCAGUGGGAGCACCUUCUUCUUGAUGGCCAUCGCAGUAGACCGAUACAUGCGUGUGGUGCAUCCCCAUCACCCAAUCAACUCUUUGAGUGUGGGUAAAACCAUGCUGGGAGCUCUCGGACUGUGGCUGGUCACCAUUUCAAUGACGGUGCACAUCUUCACCCUGCAGCACAAGUCAACCUUCUGCGAGAGUUUCACGGAGGACCUGCCUCAAAGUAAUCUGCACUGGCAGAAGUUUACAUUUCUGUUUACCUUCUACGUGCCUUUGAUUGUAAUUCUCUACUGCACAUUCCACAUCAUGAGCCACCUGAGAAGGAGACAGCUGGCCCACCAGGCAAAGAUAAGGAGAGCUCUGUACUUCAUCAUCAUAGUGGUGGUGCUCUUCAUCAUUUGCUUCCUUCCAAGCAACAUCACCCUGCUGCUGAUCUGGAUCAAAAAAGGCCACGGAUCCCAGGAGUGUCAUGAGCACCUGAACAAUGUGUUCUACAUCACCAUUAGCAUGACAUAUCUCAACAGCAUGUUAGAUCCUGUGGUUUACUACUUUUCCAGUCCCAUCUUUAAGAACAUCUGCAGAAAAAUUAUGCACCUGCCUGAAAUAAACACUGUUGAAAGCACCGAGAGGAAAACUCGAGAGACAGCCUCCCAGUCGAUCAGCCAGCUGUGA